AUGAACUCUUCGGCCAGCACACCGACCGUGUCCAUACCAGUCGACCAGUCGACCAGCCUGAGCUCGUCGCCGAGCGAAAACAGAUCCAGAAGAUCUGACUUAUCUCACGCGACACAAACGGAACGCACGUCUACAGGGCCCUCAAAGUCCGCGACACGGUCUGCAGGAAGCAAGUGGUCGAAUAGUGCAAAAGCAAAGGCUGGCAGUUCAAGUGGCGGCAGCGGCCUGCCCUUCGGGCCACCCAUCACUAAGGCUACCCUAUCGGAUCUCGACGUGGUGCGCAUUGUGCAAAACUCGAAAUUGCGCCAUGAUAUCAACUUUGAUCCCGACUUGCACUUUCGACCUAUCAACCUGAGCGACAAGGGGAAGGCGAAGCAGGAGCGCUCCCAGGGCUUUUGGAAGUCUCUAACAGAGCAGCUGGGUAUGUUCGUCGACGAGAACAGGCGGCUCGAGUUCAUGAGCCGCUACGCACGCAGCCAUGAAUGGUGCCUACCUGUGCUCUUGCGGACGAUCAAGGACAUUGUCGAGACGCUCGUACCGAAGCGAUCUCGCGAUCUCAUAGACGAGGCUUUCAAUGUGGAACUGCUGAUGCAGGAAUUCUACAAAGGUGUGCUAGACUCGGAGAGGUUGGCCGAGUGGCUGGCUGGAGUGCUCAAGACUCACUGUGCCCCUAUGCGUGACAACGAGGUCAAUAACAUGGUCGCACGCUUUCGCGUCGGCAGCCGCGAGGGAAAUCUAGAGCAACUGGUCAUGGGCAUGCGAGAGCUUUUGAGCGUGCUCGAGAACAUGAAGCUCGACGUGGCCAACCACCAGAUCUGCCGCCUCCGCCCGGCGCUCAUCCAAGAAACGACCCACUAUGAGAAGCGCAACUUUAGCAAGAAGAUCGCCACCCGCCGGCUCGACAUUGCGCGCUCGAGGCUCUGGUACCAUCGCGCACAGAGACAAUACGCCCAGGAGCCUGCUGAAGGCUUUGGUGAGAUGUCCGUCUUCUUCCGUGCCGUCGCGGGCUUCGUGCGACCUUCUCGCGCACGAGGGGGGGAUGCCAUCCUGCCUGAGACUUUUCUCCACGACAACAAACGACUUUUGCGCAUGCGCAGCGACGUUCUCGACGCCGUGAAGAUUGAUGUUUGCAUGCAUCUUUACGACAAUCUCAUAGGGGCCGCAAAGGCUGAUGCGUGUUUCCCCACAGACAUGGACAACAGGUCAAGCGUGUCGUCCGUCAGCUCCGUGGGCAGCGUAGAUAGCGACGGCUUUUCGUAUCUUCCUUUCCACAACACGGUAGUCCGCCCGAGCCGCAUGGCACUUAGCACCGACGGCCAGUCCCCACGUUCGUCCCUCGGCGUCUUCACACUUGACUCGACGCCUCCCCAACUGUCCUUCGUUAGCAAGCGCGAAGCCAAGAUGAAGGCAGGUAAACUCUACUCAUCUUUGGUUGCCAUCUUCCAGUCGACGUCCACUAACAUGGGCCAAGCCAAGCGCUGGGCGGAGGCUACCUCCUUCAUGGCUGUGGAGAUCUUGCGCGCCGCUGACGCCCCUUCCUACAUGCUCGCCAUGGUCGAGUCGAAACUCGGCGAGGUCCUCUCUAACCCCAACAAUGGACUCUUCUUAGGUGUGGAAGCCAAGUACCACCAUCGUCUUGUGGAGGACCUCAGCAACCGCGUUCGUGAAUACAAGGGUCUAGAUGGAAUGAGCCUAUACACGGCCGCCGUCGACAAGAGAACUCCCCCCAAUUGCAAACUGCCCCGCGGCUUUGACGAGUGCCUUCAGGGCGGCAGGGAAAAUGGGAUCAGUGAUGUGGCUAUUAGACUUGCACACGUCGGCAUUCUGCACUGGAGGGUCUGGGCGGACCUGGCGUACUGA